AAUUCCUGCCACCCCAAUCCUUCUCCCGGCCGUACACCAUUUCGUUCCGACGCGAGUAAUUCCUCCCCACGGGCGGCGACUAGGGCGGCUAGGGUUCGUCGGGCGCCGCCGUGCCGGAGAUCGCCUCUCGCCGCCGACACCCGGAUCUCCGCCGCCGCCGGUCGCCCCAGGUUAUCCCGCUCCCGCAGUCACCAUCCCGUCUUCUCCGCCAGUCGCCUCACGCCCGGCCUGGACGCCCCGGAAUCCAUUGUCGGUCUCGCCCCGCCGACUGCCGUUGACGCCACUGGCUGAAGGAGCUGGAUGCAAAUUUGGCAGACCAAGUCCAAAACACGACAGCCAGCAGCAGCAGCAGGACACCAACGCGACGCCACCACAGUGUGAAUAUGUCGGACAGUGCGUUGAAAGAUCUGAAUCUAGCUCAGUGCUGGGACUUCACCUGUGACUUUGAAAUUGAUUAUGGAUCCGAGGAACGCGCAUCCAUAGUUUACAAAACGCUAGCUGUUGAUAAGGAGUUGCAACCUGACAAGGUAAAGAGGGAGAUGUCUGUUUCUGGUGGCAAGCUCGUCGUGCACUUUGAAGCUGUAGAGGCUCGGUUCCUGCGAGCAUCGUUCAGCGCGUUCGUCGAUCUUACAGUACUGGUUACCAAGCUUGUUGAAGAAUAUGGCAUCAGCAAGGAAGGAGAAGGCAGUAUCUAGCUAGUUUUACUCCCCUGUAUCUUAGAAAAAUGUUUUACAACACCUUUGAGCAUUCAUACCUUCUUUUAUAUCAUAUUAUGUGUGUUCUUCGUUUCUUAGGCCAGAAAUCUACAAGAUAGAAGCAGCUGUUGUAAUUCCAGAUUUCUUGAAUCUUGGUAUGGGAUUUGCCUCUCAAGAGUAACUCUGAACAUACUUGGUUGGGAUAGUAGUCAGUUCUUGUCGCCUUAAAUGAAAAAUCAUGCAUGUAUA